GUCUCAAACAUUUUAUGUAAGAGAAACCGGAUCUUCUAUUAAUGAUUACAUGUUGAUGAUGUGUGUUGAUGUCUAUUUGUAAUGUAGAUAAGAUUUGUUUAACACUUUUUUCCCGUUUGUUCUUUUUGUACAAACUGGAAAUAUGUUGAUUUCGCGUGAGGAUAUAUUACUUCUACUAAUGAUUUAUACAAUAGACAAAAUCCAUGGAAAAAAUGAAAUAAAAAUAUCCACACCAAACACGUACAACUACAUGUACUUGACCGAGUACGGAAUUCCCGUUACGAACUCGACGUCCUUGACCUUCCAAGUUCAGGCUUGUAAUGACGCUCACGUGGCCUUGAGGUCUGCCGGCAGACAACCACUGGAGAUAGUCCUCGGGGGAUGGAGCAACUCACGUUCUUGUUUCCGGACAAGUGUUCAAGGGUCAUGCCGGACGGAGCAUAGUGGAAAGAUUCUGGAUUGCCAAAACUUUCAGACGUUUAGGGUCAGCUGGGGUAACCAAGAGAUAAAUGUCGGGAAGGAGGACUCUGGGAUUGGUGACACUAUUCUCAGUUUUAGUCUUGGGCAACCACUUUCUGAUGUAGAGAUAGGAAUCUCCACAGGAUUCGGGGCUUCGGGAUUAUGGAUUUUUGAAGACCCAAGGGCGACGACAGAAAGUUCUACAACGACAACAACAACAGAAGACCCAUUGUCAUCAAACCCAAGGGCGACGGCAGAAAGUUCUACAACGACAACAACAACAGAAGACCCAUUGUCAUCAACUAAUCUCCAGAAGGCCCCGGUGAUAGAGGGAUCAUCCGAGGCCGGAAGUAGUGGUGACGUCACUGUCGCGGUCACUACAGGAGUGCUAUCGGUCAUCGCUCUUGUCUUAGUCGGCGUCUUUAUAUGGAGGAGGUAUCACAGACCACGAGGUCAGGGCACUAACGUAGGACUACAGAAUCCGAUGUUUAAUGCUAAGGAAAUGAACACGUACGAGAUCAUCCGAAGGUCACAUCCGAAAGUCAACAUGUAUGCCGAUUUAAACCCUCUGGACGUCACAAAAAUUCAAGACAAUGCCGUGUGUUACGACACAGCUAAACCUUUCGACGAAAAUAACAUGUACUUGCCCAUACAGGAAUAUACAAAAGGAGAUAAUUCCAGGGGUACCCGAAAUUCUCGAAUCUCUCGGAUGUUAAGUCAUACUGAUUAUGACGUCAUACCGGCUAUGGAAGAUCAAAGUUCUAAAGUGGGACAAUAGAGAUAUGUCGUAGAUGACACGCAUCUGGUGCCCAGACCGUCACGCAAUGAAGAAACAUUAAAACUAUUGAUGAACAUAUUUUUUUUCUCAUAUUUGAUCUUGGAUUAUGGCAUAGCUUUAAAGAAGGAUUACAACGAAGCGAGAUUUGAUCAAACCGAUGAUAAAGUGCUCAUAAGAAAUAAGAAUUAAUUUCUUACAUACAUUUUCCUCGACAAUUUGUUUAGUUUAUCAAUGAAUAAAUUAAUACUUUUUAUAGGACAUUGCACUGUUAUUGGAAAAAACAAAAUUAAUGUAUCUUUUAAAUUAUACUCAUAAGCACACAUCUGCGAUGCAUUUACAAGCUAACAAACUGUGUCGGUAUUUACUCGGCAAUUUCCAAGCGCCAUGGAAAUGCUUGCUAUGAAUAUAUUGUAAGAUAUUUGGGUACCAGACAAAACCAUUGCUAUAAGUUGGUCCAAAAUUAAAAACAAGAUUUUUUAA